GAUACUGCAUAUUUGUAAACUCCUUACGAUGGGGAAGUCACUGUUUGUUUUUUAUCUUAUUUUGAUUGUGAAAUUGGGCAGUUUUCUGAGCUCUUUGGCUUGUUCUGAGUGCCCAAAGCCUUCUCCUCAGCCUAAAUGCCCCCCUCCCUAUCCACCGCAUGUCAAGCCUCCCUACCACCCCAAACCACCCUAUGUCAAGCCUCCCUACCACCCCAAACCACCCUAUGUCAAGCCGCCCUUCCACCCUAAACCACCCCAUGUCAAGCCUCCCGUCCACCCUAAACCACCACCCCAUGUCAAGCCUCCCGUCCACCCUAAACCACCACCCCACGUCAAGCCUCCCGUCCACCCUAAACCACCACCCCACGUCAAGCCUCCCGUCCACCCUAAACCACCACCCCAUGUCAAGCCUCCCUUCCACCCAAAACCACCACAUGUCAAGCCUCCCUUCCACCCAAAACCACCUCAUGUCAAGCCUCCCUUCCACCCCAAACCACCGCCCUAUGUUCCCAAGCCACCUGUCAUCACACCUCCACCCUAUGUCCCCAAGCCUCCUGUCGUCACACCGCCACCCUAUGUCCCCAAGCCCCCUGUCGUCACACCACCACCCUUUGUCCCCAAGCCACCAGUCGUGACUCCGCCCCCUUACGUCCCCAAGCCUCCUGUAGUUACACCGCCACCCUAUGUCCCCAAGCCUCCUGUCGUGACACCGCCACCCUAUGUCCCCAAGCCUCCUGUCGUGACACCGCCACCCUAUGUCCCCAAGCCACCGGUCGUGACACCGCCCCCUUAUGUCCCCAAGCCUCCUGUCGUGACUCCGCCCCCUUACGUCCCCAAGCCUCCUGUCGUUACACCUCCACCCUAUGUCCCCAAGCCUCCUGUCGUGACGCCGCCACCUUAUGUCCCCACGCCACCAGUUGUGACGCCACCACCCUACGUUCCGAAGCCUCCACCGGGUGAAAUCCCAUGUCCACCGCCUCCACCACCGAAGCAAGAGACUUGUCCCAUUGAUGCUCUAAAGCUAGGCGCAUGUGUAGAUGUGCUUGGUGGUCUCGUGCACAUUGGCAUCGGCAGUAGCGCCAAAGACGCCUGCUGCCCGGUGCUGGAAGGGCUGGUGGGCUUGGACGCCGCCGUGUGUCUUUGCACCACCAUUAAGGCUAAACUUCUCAACAUCGAGAUCAUUUUGCCCAUCGCUCUUGCAGUUCUCGUCGACUGUGGCAAGAACCCACCGUCUGGAUUUCAAUGUCCUGCUUAAGAAUUUGUCAGUAGUAUUUAUGAAAGUUUCAUGCAUGUAUUACAGAUGAAGACACGGGUUCGUUGCUUUGUGAAAGCAAGUUCUUAUGGAAAAGAGAUCAUCAAAUAACAUGAGUGAGAGUGAUGUUGAAGAAGAGUUCAAUGUGUUUAGUAAGAUCUGUGUUGUGUUUUCUUAUUUCAUAAUUAAUUUCAUUCCUUAUCAAGAAUUCUAUGUCUAUUAUAUGCUUAAUUUGGGAAUAAGUGUUUGUUAAUUGUGAUAAUCUAGUUAACUUCUUGUUUGUGUACCA